UCGGCCCCGGGAGCCCGGGAGUGGGCGAGGGAGCUGAUGGGGGAGCUGGAGCUGUCAGAGGCCCCGAGCCCGACCGAGGAGGGAGCUGAGCGGGUGUAAUGGCCGCGGGGGGCAGCAGCUUCCCUCGCUCUGCUGGCGGGGGCUCGGGGUCCCGUUUCCCUCUGUGCGGCGGCCGGCGGGACCAUAAGGGCUUAACUCAUAUAUUUAACCCCCCUCCGAAAAGGUUUGAAAGUAUCCUCGAAGGGCUGUUUGGACCUGGAUUAUUAAAAGAUCUCAGUUUAUUUAAAGACUGUGAACCUGAAGGUGUUUCUGAUUGGACUUUUAAUGAAAAUUGUCUAUUCUGUUGCUUAAGAAGGGAAAAAGUAAAGGAACAUUUAGUCGAUCUGGAUGAACCAGCUUUGGGAGCUGGGCAAGAAGCUCUGCUUAGACAAGGGCAAGCAAAAAUCAUUCGUUUCGAGAGACAAGCAGAAGAAUUCCUCAAUGCAGUCUUUUAUAGAAAAGACAGUCUCUGGGUCUCUGACCCCAAUAUUCCCCUAGUGGCCCGUGAGAUCAUGCAGCGAAUGAUCCAGCAAUUUGCUGCUGAAUAUACCUCAAAAAAUAGCUCUACUCAGGACCCCAGCCAGCCCAAUAGCACAAAGAACCAAAGCCUGCCGAAAGCAUCUCCAGUUACCACCUCUCCCACAGCUGCAACUGCUCAGAACCCUGUACUCAGCAAACUUCUCAUGGCUGACCAAGACUCACCUCUGGACCUUACUGUCAGAAAGUCUCAGUCAGAACCCAGUGAACAAGACGGUGUCCUUGAUCUGUCCACUAAGAAAAGUCCAUGUGCUGGCAGCACUUCCCUCAGCCAUUCUCCAGGUUGCUCCACUACUCAAGGGAACGGUGAGGACCCAGCAGAGACAGUAACAAUAGAUUCAAACAAUCAGCCGAAGUCACCACUGGAAAAGUUUAUGGUCAGACUGUGUACCCAUCAUCAGAAGCAGUUCAUUCGUGUUCUAAACGACCUCUACACAGAAGUGCAGCCAGGGACUGACGGCCAACGAUUUCCUGAUUCUGAUACUAUGGAUCUUUCUACUUGCAGCCCUGGGUGUGGUCAGCUAAGCACUGAAAAUCAGGAAAAGGGAACUAUUUGUUUUGACAUGAAGUCCCCUUCUGCAGAUUUACUCGUAGAUCGAAUGACCUGUCAAGGGUCCCCUUGUUUGACAGGGUCAACUCCGAAGGAGCCUGCUGAGAUGAAAUCUUUAGAAAGAAAAGAGAAUUCCUUUACUGCUAUCAGAAAAGAUGCUUCUGAACUUCCAACUACUAAAGCCAACUCUGGUGGCCCAAAGGAUGGUUCUACUCUUGGAUACCUCACUGCAUCUAAUUCUUCCUCAUUUAACUCCCACCAUGUUUCUAAAUGCCCGGAAGGGCAAACCACUGGACAAGAGCAUGACAUUAGUGUUAAAAAAUCUGAGGACGAAAAAGACCAGAUACACAACACAGCUUUAGUAGAAAGUUUGAUUUCUGUAAAAGUGGCAAAUGUGAAUAGUACUGAGGAUGGUGACAGUUGUGUGGUUUCUCAGAAGAAUUUAUUCAGAGCUUUACCAGAAGAGACUUGGGACUCAGGGUUUAUGGGAAGCUCACCUAGAACUGCUGACAAAGAGAAUGCUUUACAAUGUAGCUCAAAAUCAUCUUUGCACCAGGAUUUAGAAGAAAAUGAACAAGAUACAAGGCCAAAGCAGGAAAACCAUCUCCACAUGCUAGGAAGGAAUAAGGCAGGUUACCAUUUACAUCCUGGUGACAAGGGUCAGUUUGAUAAUUCCAAAGAUGUUUGGUUAUCACCAAGCCCCAUGCCAACUCUACACAAAGCAUCCAUUGGACAUUCACGAACAAAAAUUAUAUCAGCCUCUAUUAAAACAGCUCGGAAAAGUAAAAGAACUUCAGGUUUGAGAAUCAACGAUUAUGAUAAUCAGUAUGAUGUUGUUUAUAUCAGCCAACCCAUAACUGAAUGCCACUUCGAGAGUCAGAGAUCAAUAUUGUCUUCUCGGAAGACAGCAAGAAAGAGCACUCGAGGAUAUCUUUUCAAUGGAGAUUGCUGUGAACUACCAACUGUCCGCACAUUGGCCAGAAGUUCACGAAGUGAGGACAGAAACAGCUACUCACCUCUGCAUACAGAGGCCAUAGGGACUCCCAAACAGGCCAUGACAGUUUCAGACAGUGAACCUGCAGGAGAUGUGGAGAUCCUUGGAGAAGACCCUGAAGAAACUAGUGAGGAAAGAACUCCCCUCAAGGAAGUAUUCCAAGACUCUCCAUCAAAAAAUGACUCUCAGGAGUCUGAAGCUUAUUCUGCAACAGAUGACACUGAAGAACAAACUGAACCUAAUCAAGUUAGUUUCCUGAAUCCAAAAGAAACUACACCUUCAGGGUCUCCUCUUUCUUUUGUCCAUAAAGAUAAGGUACCAGAAGACAAUUCUGAUGCUGUAGUAAACAGCUCACCUUUGCAUGUGGGAGACCAAUCACAAAUUGAACAGUUAGGCACUAGUGAGGUUACUGUUCCCCUGGAAAUGGAUAGCUGCAUUGACCCCUCCCCUGAAAGCCUUCUUGAAGGUAAUCAUGAUGCUAUUAGUGCCUCAAGACCUCAUUCUCCUUCUGAAACUCUUAACAGGGAGGACAGUCCUGUUUGCUCUGAAAACCAAGCUUCCCCUAGGAAUCUAGAUGCCCCUGCAGAUUUCGAAAGUGUUGCUAGAAGUCAAAGCAUUAGUAUCGAUACUGGAACCGAUAACCCUCAAGAGCAAGAAGAAAAUCAGCACAAACAAGAUGAAGUUUUAUGUACCAAUGAAAAUUUCGAUGACAGUGAGGGAAGUGAAGCAGCACAUGAUACAAGUGAGCUAGAGAAAGAAGAGCAAAGUGAUGAUAAGCAGUCUUCAGAAACAGAGGUAUGCAAUCAAACUACUCAUCCAGAAGAGAAUCCAGAUAAGAAGAAGAAGAAAGGCAAAAAAACCCUUGUGGUCUCUGAUAGGUGCCUAAGAAGUCAGCUUUCAGACACACCAGCAGCUUUCCAACUUCCUUGUCUUCAAAUCAAAGUUUCCAAAAGCCCAGGUGCAAAACGUCCUAAGAGAGAAGUGUACUUUGAUGAAGCAUCCUCUGUACAUUUCCCAACCGACUGCUUCCACAAAACACUGUUGAAAAGUAUUGGAAAUACAAACACUGAUGAGAAGGAUCCUGAGCAAAAAGAGGCUGAUGGGAAUGGGAUAACCACCAGACAGACUCUUAAAAAUGUGAUAGCAAAAGAAGAUAAAGUUGCAGGAGGAGAAGAAACUUCAUCUCAGAGUAAUAGCCCCACUACCACAACUAGUCAGGACCCACAAGGAGAGAAGCUUGCAGUCUGUGAACAGACUAAUUCUGACACCAGAAAUGUUCACCUUCCUGCAGAAAGCAGUCCUAAGGAAGACACAAAACAAUCAGAAAAGGAGUCUGCAAAAAGUCUAGAAAAGGAGUCUGCAAAAGAUCUAGAAGAAGUUGUCAAUGAGGUAGACAGUGAAAAUACAAAACAGAGUGAUGCACUAUCUAGUCUGUGUGCAUUGCCAAGUGACAGAAGGGAAAAUACCAGCGCAACCCUAAGAUCAUCAAUGAAACAUAAAAGGCUGGCCUCUCCAACUUACAACCUACGGCAUGCUCAUACAGUGGACUCUUUGGAUGCUGUACAACCUACUGCAGGAAAGGAUGUUGUGCAGGCACAUUCAGUGCCAGAGGAAAACCAAGUCUCAGAUGCUGAAGAUUCUGUGGAAUUGAAAGAUGCAGAUACACUCGUGGAUGAUAAGCCAAAGUUUGUGGAAUGGUGUGCUGAAGAGGAAAAUCAGGAACUGAUUGCUGACUUCAAUGCCCAGUACAUGAAAGUUCAGAAAGGCUGGAUCCAACUGGAGAGAGAAAUACAGCCCACACCAAAAGCAAAGAACAAGUCUGACAAACUGAAAGAGAUCUGGAAGAGUAAGAAAAGAUCACGCAAAUGUAAGGGUUCAUUAGAAGUUCAGAAGCUUUCCCCUGUUCAGAUGCUAUUUAUGAAGACUUUUAAACUAUCUGACAUUUGUAAGUGGUUCUUAGAGACAACUGAAACAAGGUCACUUGUAAUUGUGAAGAAACUCAAUACCCGCCUCCCAGGAGAUGUACCCCCCAUCAAAAGCCCCCUUCAGAAAACCUCCUCUUCUAGCCAGUAUCCAAGUUCACAACAGGCUGAGCGCUUGAAAAAACACUUAAAAAAAUUUCCUGGGGCAACGCCUGCUAGGAAUAAUUGGAAAACUCAAAAGCUGUGGGCUAAAUUCCGAGAAAAUGUUGAUAAAAUGGAGUCAGCAGAGACCGCCACUGUCAACCUUGGAUCUCACUCUGAAGCCAGUUUGGAAUUCAAGGAAGAAAGAACUAGCCAGCCUUCUUCUAAUUUGCCUACACCAGCAAGUACUCGAAUCCUAAGAAAAUAUUCCAAUAUUAGAGGAAAGCUCCGAGCCCAGCAGCGUUCAAUGAAGAAUCAGAAAAUGGAAAGUUCAUUUGAUCUCCCUAUGGAAAAUAAACAGAAUCGAAAGAGUGUGUGCAUUAACCCUUUAAUGUCUCCCAAACUUGCUUUGCAAGUCAAUGCAGAUGGAUUUCCUAUGAAGUCCUCAGGUGCUGAAGGAGCCAGGGGAAGGAAAGGGAAAUCAGAUUCCUUACCUAAAGCUGAAGGUCAGCAGAACAAAAGGAAGAAAACAGCCAAUGAGAGCAGCAGCCCGCAAAACAAUACCACUUUCACUAGCAAGGACAGAUUGCAAGUAAAGAAAGCCAGUAAAGCAAAACAUUUAGAUGUGUCCUCCAAAGCAUCUGCUCUCAAGAAGCGGCCUUCAUCUGAUAAGACCAACAAGCUGUCCAAAAAGGCGUCUUUGAAAGAGAAAACAGUUAAGAAGGCCACAGACAAGGCAGCAGGAAAGAGCCACCUUCCCCUCCGGAAAGGAAAAGAGAAUACUCAAAAGAAGCCAAGUCAGACUCAGCCCACCCCUCGAGAAAAACUGUCCAAAUCUCCAAAACAGAAAGUUGCUAGUGAAUCACCUUCCAGGUCACAAAAAACUGCUCCCAAAAAGCAGAGUAGUGGAAAGAGUAAGGACAACAGAUCAUCCAUGAAGAAAACCCCAGAGAGCAUCAUGGCCCAGAGAAAACGAAAGCUACGGGCAAAACUUGACUGUUCUCACAGCAAAAGAAGACGCCUGGAUGCCAAGUGACGGAAAGAAUGGUAGCCAGGUGUGAGCUGGUCUGUGGCAGCAACCCUGUAUUUUGCAUUAACUCAACCUGCUUUUAUAAGCUGUAGCAAGCCUUUAAAAUCUGCAGUUAAAGGAAAACACCCACAGUUUUAGGCAUCAGAAAACAGUGUCUCAGAUGGAGAAAGGAACUUGCUUUCUCCCUCUAGGGCUGAGAAAGGGAGUUAUUAAUUACUUUCUGAAUGUUCCUUGGAUUUUAAACUUGGAACCAGGCAGAUUUAGUUUAAAAGUACAGUGCCUUAUUUAUCCUUUUUUUUAAAAAUAAAAAAAAAAGCUAAUCUGUAUGAUUAAAGGCUUGCCUUUUAUACUUGAUGCACAAGCACUUGUACUGUAGCAGAAAUGACCACCAUCAAACCCUGAAGUCAUUUUCCAGCAAUGUCUCUGUCUGAACAUUUGUUCCUCUUUGAAAAACCUCUUGGUAUACCCUCCCACUUUUUUGGGGUUGUGGUAAAGCAAAACCAGAAUCAUUUGGGAUGGUGUGAAGACUCAUGGGGUGGAGGGGAGGGAUGUCUGUUGCCCUUUAGUUAAACAUUAAUCCUAUUUGUUACCUUUUUUUUAAAAAAAAAAACAAAAACAAAAAUCAUGUUAAUUGUUGGUCACUUCUGUGGACUUUGAGUUUUUUAAAUUUCAGACCAUGUAUUCUUAUCAUUGAACCCCAUGUUAAAAUCCAUGUGGCACAGAGGUAUUUGCUUGUAGCCUCCAGAGUUAUUUUGUAGGCCCAGUCUUUGCUGCUGAUUCUUCAGUAUCUGUCAUCCUCUUUGUUUUGGGGCCCGAUAGCUUGGCUUUCCUUCUAAUACUUCCCCUGACACCCAGAAACAAUCUAAGCUUUUUUUCCCUCUCUGUCCAUCUGUAGUAAUAUCACUGUCAGUACAAAACCAGCCAUUUUUAUUUUCUCUUUCUUAUCCAAAGUCCCCCCACAUUCAAAGCCUAAAUGUUAUUUUACUUAAUAAUAAGGCUCAGCUUUGGGAAGCAUGUAGGCACGCAUUGAAUAAUGAACAUUUCUCAGUUCCAGUUUUCAAUUUGUUAGUGUUUUCCUCAUAUGAUGAUGUGUGCACAUAGCAUCAGUGGACUGAAUAAUUAACAAAGUUCAAUCAGUUCAUAUAGAACAGAAUGCCUCUGUUUUCCUCCAUUGCCAGGCCUAUUUUGGAAACAGACACUUGAAGAUCUAACCAGUGUAACCUGUGAGAUAGGUCAGGGGUUAGCUUAAGAUUCCCUACCCCCUGGGAGAGGCAGACACCCUUCCCCAUGCCAGGGUUUUUCCCCAGUGGCCAGAAUCAAGGGCCGCUUCCUUUUUUUUUUUUUUUAAUCUUUUCACUUCUUCAUUGUAAGUCUCUGGAAGGAGGGAGCACACAUUGGCUGUAAUCUGUGCCUUGAAUGUUGCUUCUGUGCAAAGCUGAUACAUUCCCAUUGAGCCACUGCAAAGGAAAGCUGAAUUGUUGAAGACUUCCAUGUUUUUACUUCCUUAUGCGGCACCUGAAAAGGGUGUUGUGGGUGCCUGUUUUGAGAAUGGCCACCUGUUCCAGAUGUUCCGUAUCUCUGUACAUAAAAUGUGAUGUUUCUUGUUAUUUAAAUGCACUUCACUCAAAUCAUGAUAAGACAGGCAUUUCUACCAAAUCUCCACUUAGUGAUAGCAACCAUAGAGGUAUAGUAGAGAAGAAGGGAGGAGUGAAAGGCUUCCCCCAGCCUUGAGAGCUGUUCUGGACUUCCAAGACUCCAAGGCUGGCAGGAAGGGUUUGCAAGUGAGAACCUUUUUUCAUUAGUCUCCACUCUGUAAGACACAGACUAUGUUCAUGCUUUGAAAAAUCCCUGUGCUUAGCUACUUAAGAGCUACUGUCAUUAAUGAAAUUGCCAAGUGUAUGUUUUGAUAGCCUUCUCCCCUGCCUCCUCCUCCCAGGUGCAUGAAAAAUAGUGGCACAGUUGUAAUGUUUUUUAAAAGAGUUUUAUUUUCUUAAAUCUUUUUUCACAUAAAUAUUGAUGAAGAGAGCUUAAUCGUGAUUUAAAUAGCUCUGCAUUUGCCUCAGCCAGGUGCAUUUUCCCCUAGCAUAAGUAUGUCUGGUUUGAUUUUGGUUUUGGUUUUUUGUUUUUUAGCUAUAUGUAUUCCAUUUUUGCAGGGGCUGAAUGAAAUAAGGUUGAGGAGAAUAUGGAGUAAUGAGUAAAUGGAGAGGAUUUUACACAGACUUGCUUUCAGAAUCCUCUUAGGCUUAUUUGGGGAUUCUAUCAUUUUCUGUUUUCCUAUUUUGGGCUACAUUUGGAAAAUGUGUGGAUUUCAUGUCUGUUAAAUUAAUAGAGCCUCUUUUAAAUCUACUGAUAACUUUGUAGCAGUGACUACUACUGUUGAAACAGAUGGAAUUCUACGUAAGAGAGAUACCUUUUAAAAUGAUGCUUUUUAUCUUGAGCGAAUCCAUCACAUUGUUUUAGCUUACUCAGAGUUUCCCUUGAAAUGAUCUGUGCAGCAAAUGUACAAAAAACUUUCCCCUCUUGCUCACCCUCUUUCUGUUGCUUCCCUAGUAUUCUUUCAGUUCCUUCCUCCAUGGGGUGGUAGCCAUAAGGCCAGUCUUUGCAGGACUGUUUGCUGUUGAGUCAUAGGCUGGUUUUCCUCUCUCAACCCAUAUCCCCUAAUUCAUUGUGGCAGUAGCUGUCCCCUCACCUCUCUGGCUUGCACUGAAUUGUCACUGCAUCCCCAAAUGUUUAUAGACCAAUAAGAGAGUCUUGUGACAGUUGAUAUGGUCAUUGGUGAAGAGCUCUUGAGCUUAGGAAAGGGGAUGCCAACCUGACUCUCUUUGCCAUCUUCACUCCCCAGAAGGAGCUUCAGGAUCCUAUACUGUGGUACUCAUAAUCUUCUCCCUUUUUUUAUAUUCUUUUCCCACUGACAUCUUUGUAAUUCAUUCUUUCUGCAAAGGUAGAUGUAUAUGUGUGAAUAUCCAUGAUUAACUAUCAUCCCCCUUUCCAAUUAGACAUUUUCCCCAAAAUUGAAUUUCAUACUCCUUAGAAAAGUACUCUCUUCCUCUAUCUUGUAACUAUUUACCCAUUUCUCAGGGGAAGCCUAAAUUCUGCUCCAGAAUGGAGAAGCAAGAGGAGUCUUUUGAGACUCUCAGUAUGGAGAGGUUUAAGGAAGAGCCACCAAGUGAAAGUUCAGAAACAACCCGCCAAAGCCAGCCUCCUUUGAUUCUCACAAUCAAAUACCUAAUGACCUAAGAGAUGCUGCUAAAGCAGGCAGAACUCUUUAUUUCUGUUUCAUAUUGUAACAUUACUAGUAUCUGUGAGUCACAAAUUUCCUUCAGGAGUCUGCCUACCCCUCAGUGUUUCUUGAGUUUUUUGGCAGUGUCCAUUUCCAUUACUAAAGAAAUCAAUAUAGAAAUAAUGGCCCACACAUUAUCUUUAAAUUGUUUAUCUAUUACUGUACACAUAUUAAGAUACAUGUAGUAGAAUAUGUUUCCCAGGGAAGAGGCAUAAAUAAAUACUACCAUAUGUGUAUGCUACCCUCUAUUUAGAUCAAUCACUUAUAUGCAUCAUAUACUACCUUAUUGUAGAUUUCUUAACUAAAAAACCUUUCAGACAUUAUAGGUAAAAUUUAUUACUUGGAGACAAAUAAUUAGAAUUGACGUUUUCAUUUCUUCAAGUGAACUCAUGAUUGCCCUGUACUUGCCACUUGUAGCUUAUUCCAUUUUUCUCAUUUAGAAAUGGCAGUUUGAUCGGUUUGUGGGCCAUAUUGGAAUAAGAGGGUACUGCUGAGUAGUAUAGACUGGUGUUACAGAUGGUGUCACCAUCAUUGGUGGCAAUGGCCAUGAUACGGUGGCACUAGGAGAUGUGGGAAGCUAUCAGCUAAGCCAAAACAAUCCAGCAAAUGCCACAUUGUCCUUACUGUUACUCAAGUUUAAGAAAAUCAAAUUACUAACUUUGAGAUCAAUAGAUUCAUAUUCAUUUUUCUAAACUCUCCCCAUCACUCCUCUUCGUUCUACUUUGUUUCCUUGCUCAUUUUCUCCACCUUUUUUUUUUUUUUUUUUUGGCUGGGCAAUGGGGGUUAAGUGACUUGCCCAGGGUCACACAGCUGGUAAAUGUCAAGCGUCUGAGGCUGGAUUUGAACUCAGGUCCUCCUGAAUCCAGGGCCGGUGCUUUAUCCACUGCGCCACCUAGCCACCCCCUUUCUCUACCUUUUUAAAAAUUUCUGACCUCUUCACAUUCUUCUUCCAUUGACUUAUCUUUAUAACUCAUUCUCUGUCUAUAAAGGUGAAUGUGUAUGUGUGAAUACCUAUGAUUAACUAUCAUCCCCCAAUUAGACAUUUUCCCCAAAAUUGAAUUUCAAAUCCCCUAGAAAUGUACUCUCUUCUAUCAUCUAACUAUACACCCCUUCUAUUAAUCUAUAUAUCGGAAAUCAAUGGCCAAAUAGGUUUGAAAUGCUGAAAUGCACUCUGGUGUCAUCCAGUGCAGUGUAAGCAAAAUGAUCCAAGGACAAUGGGGACCUGUGCCUUUAAACUUAUUUGUUAUCAAAAGAAGAAGAGAGUUAUUUUUAUUAGGAAAGAAUUUAAUUUGCUCCUGUUGGACUCCUAGUUUCUUGAUUGCAAAUUUGGAUACAGUAAAGCUCUUUAACAGAAUGAUUUUUUUUAAGUGAGGCAAUUGGGGUUAAGUGACUUGCCCAGGGUCACACAGCUAGUAAGUGUUAAGUGUCUGAGGCAGGAUUUGAACUCAGGUACUCCUGACUCCAGGACCAGUGCUCUAUCCACUGCGCCACCUAGCUGCCCCUAACAGAAUGAUUUGAAGCAAGGAUCACUUCCAAAUCA